UCUCUCUCUUUUUCCCUCCAUUUUUCCUCCGUUUUCCAAGUACACAUCUCCUUAUGAUAAUACUGUCGCUCCAUCCUUGACACCCAUCUUGUACUUGCUUUCUCUAGGGACUCCAUUUUCCCCUUCCGGAGUUCUGCUCAUAUCCGCAAUAACGUGCAUACAACAACCCCGAUUAACUUCAGUUCAGACACAAACGUGACAAUUUACAACUUUCUAGCUAAUAAAAACCACCGUGUCGUAAAGAUUCUCAACUAAUUCCAACACUUCCGGUGCUACCAUCCAACGUGAUUUGCGGUAAUUUCAGUUGACCCAUGCAGAAGUGUCAACGAUAGAUUGGUGAGUUGCUUGAAAAGUAAUCCACCUCAAAAAAGAAUGAAAUCCCAACUGCUAGACAUAAGCGACAAAAGAGCAACAAUUGCACUCAAAGGAUUUACUGCCACGAUGUGAGGAACAAAUGCAAAGUGUCGCCUAACUAGCAGCGCAAUGCUAGUUUGCAACCACCGUAACUUAGCUAGCUCGCUAGGUACGUUAGCUCACUUAGCUUGUUUUGGUUAGCUUGUUAGCAUGCUAACUGGUUAGAUUUGACAGCAAUCAAGGUUUGACAUGGACAUUUUAGCUAAGGUGCUGUUAGUUGGAUAGCAACACAGUAGCUUGUUAGCUAUACAAUCUUUGAGUACCAGGUUAUUAGCAUCGCUAGUUAACGUUAGCUAGCUAGGUAAAAUUAGCUUAGCUACCGUGUGCAUUGCUAGCUACUAUAGUUGUCAACAGGAAAGACUUCCUACAAAAAUAACUCAACUUAAGCGGUCAUCUCCUAGUCUAACGUUGAUAUUGGUUAGAGAGAAUGGAGAACCACCUUUGACGGUCCUGUUUUUUUUGUUAUACUGUUAAUUAGGUACUAUAGCUAACUACUCAAAUUGCAAUCUUGAGUUAUAGUGACUCUAAAGCAUAAAUACAAUGUGGCUCCAGCAAAGACUAAAGGGCCUACCAGGUCUGCUGUCAAGCAGCUGGGCUAGAAGAAUGCUCAUUGGACUGCUGUUUUUCCUAAUCUUCUACUGGUACCUUCGCUCAGACAGCGCUUUGAGGUUGUUCAGUGGCUUAGGCCAGUCGGGCGGGCCAGCUGGACAAUGCCUCCAGACUGAGAUCCACAGGUGGAAGUCACUUGUGGACCGGGGCGAGGGAAUCUACACUACUCCCCAGGAGAAAGCGGUCACGCCUUUCAUCUCAGGUAACGGCCAUUUCCUGGUGGACAUUGACUCCAACAGACUGUGGGUGGCCUCGUCCUCCCAGCCCGGCUCGGCCCCAGUUUACCAGACUGAGUACUCGCCCAUAGUGGGCAUCCACGUCCCGGGGACGCGGGCCGAGGCGCGGGCCACCAUGCUCUGGUUCCGCAAAGGGGCUGUCCUGUCCGUCCGCUGCGUCCUCCCAGGGGGAGCCGGCAGCUCCAGAUCAGCCCGUGACUGCCUCAUCAUCCGAGAAGAGUUCAUCGCCCACCGCAGCCGGCCCAAUGUCUUCCUCCAGAGGAUCCACAUCAACAACCCCUCUGAGCGCGCCGCCACCCUGGAGGUGUCCACCGAAAUGCCCUCGUUCGGGAGCAAGUUCUCAGCCGGUGUGGAGAAGGUGGAGGACAAGGAGGUAGUGCUGUCGUCGGGCCGUGUGGUUCUGCCGGAGAAGAACCAGAUAGUGCUGGUGGUGGUGGCCACCAAUAAGCUGGGCAGCCGCAUCCAGGUGGCUGCCAAAUCAGAGUUUGCCGAGAAUGUGUUGUCAGUGGUGUGGAUGUCGGAGCCCAUCGAGUCGGCCAAGCUGGAGGAGACCUUCACCAGGCUCCGAGACGGGGCCAAGAAAGAACUGGGAGAGCUGCUGAGGGCCAACAUAGAAGAUCUGGUCCAGGACCACCAACAGGCCUGGAUGGACCUCUUCAUCUCUGGGGUGGAGAUGCGUAAGAUCACCGACGCACACACGCCAUCCAGCGCCACAGUCAACACCACGCUCUACUACGUCCUCUCGGCCUCGCCGGCUCCCCUGCUGGACCGCCGUCUUGGCACUGAGGAGCGCGCCCGUCUCGAGUCCAGCCUCAACUACGCCGACCACUGCUUCAGCGGGCAUGCCACAAUGCACGCUGAGAACCUGUGGCCGGAGCGGGUCAGCAGCGUGGCCCAAGUCCUGCAGCUGGUCAACCUGUGGACCCUUACCCUGCAGAAGAGGGGCUGCAAGGUGCUGGUGGCGGCGGGCGCCCAUGGCGUUAUGCAGGGUGCCGUGCUCAGCUUCGGAGGCCUCUCAUUCAACGAAAACCACCUGCAGUUCCAGGCGGACCCGGACGUGCUGCACAACAGCUACGCGCUGCGGGGAAUCCACUACAACCAGGACCUGAUCAACUUAGCUGUGCUGCUGGACUCCGAGGGCAAACCCUUUCUGCACGUGUCAGUCAAGCCCCAGGAGAAGCCUGUGGCACUGUACGCCUGCGAGGCGGGCUGCCUCAACGAGCCGGUGGAGCUGACGUCGUCGCUGGUGGAGGCCAAGGGCCACGUGUUCCCUGUGAUGGUGACGCAGCCCAUCACGCCGCUGCUCUACAUCUCCACGGACCUGCGCCACCUGCAGGACCUGCGGCACACGCUGCACCUCAAGGCCAUCCUGGCGCACGAGGAGCACAUGGCCAAGCAGUACCCCGGCCUGCCCUUCCUCUUCUGGUUCAGCGUGGCUUCACUCAUCACCCUCUUCCACCUCUUUCUCUUCAAGCUCAUCUACAAUGAGUACUGCGGCCCCGGGGCCAAGCCUCUCUUCAGGAGCAAGGUGACGAAGCCAAGUGAGGAAAUGGAAGCUUAGGAAGCAGCCAUGACAUCACAGGUGCAGAGUAGCAGCCAGCGAAAUACAUUGCCAUAAAGUGUGUUACUGUUCAUGUCAUCUGAUUGGGGUCAUUAUUUGACAAUGAUAUUUGUGUUGAUGGUCAACAUGUUGAUUUGACUUUCGACAUGUUGGAGCUGAAUUCAGAGAAAAAAGCUCACAUCGCCUGAUGACUUCUUUCAUUGGCAAGGCUAGUGAAAGUCUGUCAUUCUUUACAAUGCUUCCAUUCAUUUUGGCAGGACGACCUGUCGGUUUGAAUGAAUACCAUCAUCAUACACUAUGGGUGAAAGAUGCCAACCGAUUGGUUGUCACUCACUGGCAAAACUCGAAAUGGAGGCUCAGGUCUCAAAGGUUGAAGUAUGAGCGUGAAUGAAAGGAAUCGUCUUUUCUUUCACAUUAUUGGUCCUGUUGGUAAAUGUUAAUAUCCAUCAUUGCUUUCUUACUUGGAAGUCUAACAUGGUCUAAAAUGAUUGCAUUGGUAAAGGCAAGGGUUCCACUAUCUAGCUUUCACCAAUGUUGUUGUUGUUGUUACAGGGAAUGAGGGGAUGGAUUUUCAAAUUAUUUGAACAGGUCAAUUUCCUAUACCCCUCUAGUCUAUUUUCUGCAAAGCCUAAUAUAGUCAAAAUUAAGUAUUAAAAAAAUCUGAGGAUCAACUUGUGCCGAGCAAGUGUCAAUUUAGUCUUAAGACCCAUUGAUAUCAAACUGAUGGUAAAUUAGCAGGUCCGUCCGGCAAUGUGCAUUGGGUCUUAAUUUCCUAGUGGAGUCUGCCACUCAAUGCACUUCUUCAAGACCUCUGCUUCUGAACACCAAACAUUGCUACGGUGACCAAAAUAUAUUCACUUCCUGAUCUUUUCCUGUCCCUUUACGGAAGAUGUAGUAGUCAUAGAKGUAGAAUCCUAGAAUAGGGAUAAUAUUUAUAUGGUUCUAGUCACUGCUUUGUGCUGUUUCUACCAUAUAGAAUUCUGGAAUAUGUGAGUUCUCCCUUCCCUUCUCUGUUUUUCAUGACAUCUCAUGACUGAAAUGAUUGGCACCCUUCAUAAAGAUGAGCAAGAAAUUAUAUAGAAUAAAUACAUAUACUGAGCUAUAUUGCAUUUGCAUUUUUUGUU